AUUUAUGCAGAGCAGGAGCUGCUGCCAUUGCCACUCACACUCCCCGCGCGCUGCUCGGAGCCUGAGGGAGCGCGAGGGAGCAAGCGAGCGCGCGCUCGGAGCCAGAGCAAGCUGAGGGGGCGCCCGGCCGCUGCCUGCACCGCCCCCGUCGGCAGCCUCCGCCACGCUCCGGGGCCUGGGGAGGAGCGAGGGCGAGUCGCUAAGUCCCAGUGCCGAGCCCGGCGAGAUCCAACUGCUUGGAGGACGCCCGCCCCACUCAGCCGCCUCCCGCACCCGAGCCAAGGAGCUCCCGCCGACCGCCUUGCUGGCCGGAGAGCGGGGAGCACUGGUCCCCGCAGCCCCAGGGAUGGUCUACGGGCCAGAGUGAGGCUCGCUGCUGUGAUCCCAGCCGGGGUUCAUCGCCUCCUGCUGAUCGCCCAAGGCUUCGAGCCGGAGCAGCCGGGGGCUGCGCGCCGGGGCGGCCCAGGCCAGAGAAGUUAGUUGUACGCGCCGCUUAGUGCGCGGAGCGAGCGAAGAGGGAGCGAGCGAGGGAGGCAGCGAGGCGCCGGGACCAUGGGCUGGGGGAGUCGCUGCUGCUGCCCGGGACGGCUGGACCUCCUGUGCGUGCUGGCGCUGCUCGGGGGCUGCCUGCUCCCCGUGUGCCGGACGCGCGUCUACACCAACCACUGGGCGGUCAAAAUCUCCGGCGGCUUCCCGGAGGCCAACCGCAUCGCCAGCAAGUACGGAUUCAUCAACAUUGGACAGAUUGGGGCCCUGAAGGACUACUACCACUUCUACCAUAGCAGGACGAUUAAAAGGUCAGUUCUCUCGAGCAGAGGAACCCACAGUUUCAUUUCAAUGGAACCAAAGGUGGAGUGGAUCCAACAGCAAGUGGUAAAAAAAAGGACGAAGAGGGAUUAUGACCUCAGUCGUGCCCAGUCGACUUACUUCAAUGAUCCCAAGUGGCCAAGCAUGUGGUAUAUGCACUGCAGUGACAACACGCAUCCCUGCCAAUCAGACAUGAAUAUUGAAGGAGCCUGGAAGAGAGGCUACACGGGAAAGAACAUAGUGGUCACCAUCCUGGAUGAUGGCAUUGAGAGAACACACCCAGAUCUGAUGCAGAACUAUGAUGCUCUGGCGAGUUGUGACGUGAAUGGGAAUGACUUGGACCCAAUGCCUCGUUAUGAUGCAAGCAAUGAGAACAAGCAUGGGACCCGCUGUGCUGGAGAAGUGGCAGCGGCUGCAAACAACUCUCAUUGCACAGUUGGAAUUGCUUUCAACGCCAAGAUCGGAGGAGUGCGAAUGCUGGAUGGAGAUGUCACGGACAUGGUCGAAGCAAAAUCAGUUAGCUUCAAUCCCCAGCAUGUCCACAUUUACAGCGCAAGCUGGGGCCCGGAUGAUGAUGGCAAGACCGUGGACGGACCAGCUCCACUCACCCGGCAAGCCUUUGAAAACGGCGUUAGAAUGGGGCGGAGAGGCCUCGGCUCCGUUUUUGUCUGGGCAUCAGGAAAUGGUGGAAGGAGCAAAGACCACUGCUCUUGUGAUGGCUACACCAAUAGCAUCUACACCAUCUCCAUCAGCAGCACAGCUGAAAGCGGAAAGAAACCUUGGUACCUGGAAGAGUGUUCAUCCACACUGGCCACAACCUACAGCAGUGGAGAGUCCUACGAUAAGAAAAUAAUCACUACGGAUCUAAGGCAACGUUGCACGGACAACCACACUGGGACAUCGGCCUCAGCCCCCAUGGCUGCGGGCAUCAUUGCAUUGGCACUGGAAGCCAAUCCGUUUCUGACCUGGAGAGAUGUGCAGCAUGUUAUUGUCAGGACUUCCCGUGCAGGACAUUUGAACGCUAAUGACUGGAAAACCAAUGCUGCUGGUUUUAAGGUGAGCCAUCUCUAUGGAUUUGGACUGAUGGAUGCAGAGGCCAUGGUGAUGGAGGCGGAGAAGUGGACCACCGUUCCCCAGCAGCACGUGUGUGUGGAGAGCACGGAUCGACAAAUCAAGACAAUUCGCCCCAACAGUGCAGUACGCUCCAUCUACAAAGCUUCAGGCUGCUCAGAUAACCCCAACCACCACGUCAACUACCUGGAACACGUAGUGGUGCGCAUAACCAUCACCCACCCGAGGAGGGGAGAUCUGGCCAUCUACCUGACCUCGCCCUCGGGAACCAGGUCCCAACUUCUGGCCAACAGGCUAUUUGAUCAUUCCAUGGAAGGAUUUAAAAAUUGGGAAUUCAUGACCAUUCACUGUUGGGGAGAAAGAGCUGCAGGUGACUGGAUCCUGGAGGUUUAUGAUACUCCUUCUCAGCUGAGGAACUUCAAGACUCCAGGUAAAUUGAAAGAAUGGUCUUUAGUCCUCUAUGGCACCUCCGUGCAGCCAUAUUCACCAACCAACGAGUUUCCCAAAGUGGAGCGCGUCCGUUAUAGCCGAGUGGAGGACCCCACGGAUGACUAUGGGACAGAGGAUUAUGCAGGCCCAUGUGACCCUGAGUGCAGUGAGGUUGGCUGUGGCGGACCGGGGCCGGACCAUUGCAAUGACUGUUUGCACUACUACUACAAGCUGAAAAACAACACCAGGAUCUGUGUCUCUAGCUGCCCACCUGGUCACUACCACGCGGACAAGAAACGAUGCAGGAAGUGUGGCCCCAACUGUGAGUCCUGCUUUGGGAACCACAGCGACCAGUGCCUGUCCUGCAAAUACGGCUACUUCCUGAAUGAAGACACCAACAGCUGUGUUACUCACUGCCCCGAGGGGUUUUAUCAGGACACCAAGAAAAAUCUUUGCCGGAAAUGUGGUGAAAACUGCAAGACAUGUACGGAGUCCCUGAACUGUACAGAAUGUAGGGAUGGGUUAAGCUUGCAGGGUUCCCGGUGUUCUGUUGCCUGUGAGGACGGAUGGUACUUUGAUGGCCAGGACUGUCAACCCUGCCACCGCUUCUGUGCCACCUGUGCUGGAGCAGGAGCUGAUGGGUGCCUUAACUGCACUGAAGGCUACUUCAUGGAGGAUGGGAGAUGUGUGCAGAGCUGCAGUAUCAACUACUACUUUGACCACUCUUCAGAGAAUGAUUACAAAUCCUGCAAAAAAUGUGAUGCCAGCUGCUUGACCUGCAGUGGUCCAGGGUUCAAGAACUGUACAAGCUGCCCCAGUGGGUAUCUCUUAGACUUGGGAAUGUGUCAAAUGGGAGCAAUCUGCAAGGAUGCAACGGAAGAGUCCUGGGCCGAAGGAGGUUUCUGUAUGCUAGUGAAAAAGAACAAUCUGUGCCAACGGAAGGUUCUUCAACAACUUUGCUGCAAAACAUGUACAUUCCAAGGCUGAGCAGCCAUCCCAGAUUUCUUUGUUCCUGUAGACUUAUAGAUUUACUCCAUAUUAUUAUUAAAAAGAAAAAAAAAACAAGCAAAAAAAAAAAAAAGCAAGCCACCUCUCUCUUUUUUGCUCUCUGUUUCUCUCUCUCUCUCUCAAGUUUGUGCAGGGAGAUGGUGAACUGUUUUGUCAGAACUUAAAUGGAAAAAAAAAAUAAACCUACAACAAGCCUACCUUUUAUAACUGGGUGUUUAGCACUAAACAGCCAGAACAACAGAGACAGUAUUGUAUGACCAAAGCAUUUGAUGCCAAAAUUUGACUUUAAAGUAAUGAUUUCAUUUCCUGCCCUGGUUUUGAAGGUCCUUUUUUUUUCCUUUUGCAUUUACUUGCUUAUUUCCCCUUUGAGACGUCUAAAAAUACCUUUCAGAAAACAUUGCAAGAGUGUACAUAGAUCAAAAGGAAAGAGAAAGCUCUUACACCAGUCAUUUUUCAUGCUUGUGUCCACCAUUGGCGGAAAUGUCAGGAAACUGGAUCUGAGGGCAUUAAGAACAUCCCACAGAGUUGUGUUCGGUGUCGUUUGUCUUAGUACUUCACAGUUGAGCAUUGAUACUUUCCACGCUUAAUUUGCUUCAUGCAUUGCAUGCUGAUUUUUGCAUUAUUCUCACUUGAUAAGUCUGCUCCACUGGUUUCAUCAGAUAGACUUGCUGCUACUGGCUUUUCCACUAGAUUUUUCCACUGAUGGGAUUGCUGUAUAUAGUCAAAUUGGCAAUGGGAGGAAUGCAGAGAUACAUAAAAGAGCUAGACCAAGCCAGGUCCCCUGAAAUCCAGAGUAUUAACUUUAUGGACCCUGAACAAUCUCUUGGUGCUAUCUAGCCAUUAUCCCCAUAGCAUUUUUUAAAGGCCAUCAAAAAUUUCAUUUGUGGUGGUGGAAGGCAUUUGGCUAUGAUGCAGGAAAUUUCUUCCUGGAGUCAAAGUUUCUAAAAGGUCCUGUAUUUUUUAAUAAAUGGAAUUUAUUUAAAUAAUAUUUAAGCCUGUGCCCCAUUUGGCCGGGCAACGUUUUCAAUGGUGCUUAUUAGACAUUUUUUUCAUCCUGUCAUUUGAAGAAAAUAAAACUGGAAAUAGAAUAUGGGCAGCAUGAUUGUACCCUCCUGGUUCUGUUAUUUUCCCACUUCUCUGUCCCUCUAUACCCAUGCUACGAUACACCUAUCUACUGAGUGUUGUUUUCUUUGAAAUACCUGUACUGGUUUUCUGACUCCCUAAAUACAUCAUGGAAACUAGCAGAUAGAAUUACAAGAAAACUGUUUUGGAUCCAUGAUCAGAAAUAAGCAAGCCUAAUGAUCUUUUUACCAAUUCUGAGUUUCUCUGCUUAGAGGAAUAUAGACCAAUAUCAAGUUUCUUCAUUUUUCACAUCAAAGCUCCAUUGAUGACCUCAUUUGCUUUGGGAGUGACCAGCCAUCUUGCAGGCUUUAUGCUUCUCAGAGCCUAACUUCCAAAGUGUCACUGGCUUUGACAGCUGAGGAGAGGAAUGAUAUUAAGAUAGAUUAUCCUGGAAAGCUCGGAAGUGGAUGCUAAGGUCCCCAUCCAAGCAGCAAGUUAGUCAAAAGCCUACCUUGAAAAGUCAUUCCCAGACAUCAAAGUUAACUUUCUUCCAACCCAAGAUAAAUAAUAAGUCUAAUGGUCCUCUUAAUAGCAUUGUGGUGAUAGUGAGUCACAUGAUUCAUAAGUAACUAGGUUAGCAACUGAUUUUACUGAACAAUUUUCCUCUUUAUAACACUGCAGACCCUUCUGACAUGAGGAAAGCAAGUUAAUCCUGGGCACAGAAUACAGUCUUACAUUUAAAGCACAGUCCUGUGGACAAGUGUAAGCACAAGCCUAAAGCAAGGUCAAGCAGAUGGUAUACUCCAGAUAUGCCUGCCAAGAAGUCCAUUUAAUUGAACCAGCCCAUAAUAUUUGAGACACAAGGUUAUCAUGAUAGGAAAGAUCAAAAUGAUGUCUGUGUUCUUAGACAAAUAACAAUCCACAUGACAGCCAAAUAGGUUGGGGUCCACCCGCAUGCAUUCCAUUUCCCACUGACCCCGCAGGUCACGUCACGGAAAUACUGGUUCAACUACUAGUGUUAUACUGCCUCAUUUAUCUACAUAACAUUAUUAACUAGAACAUAAUGCUUUCAAAGUUUAAGUUAAUGUUAUAUAUUAUGUAUAAAUAUAUAUAUUCAUAAUGAGAUAUAUGUCAUGGAUAGUACAAAGUUCGGAGACUUAACAAAUGUUCUAACCUUCUAGAGACAGAAGUCUUAUCUUCUGUUUUCUUUUGUCUUUUAUUUUUGAUUAGUGCUCCAUUGUUAAAUCGAAAUCCACUUUUACUGAAAAAUACUGUACAUGUGUAAAAUGUUCAGUUGUUUUUUUGUAAAAUAUAGUAGAAUGGUUGUAAUUGAUACUGGCCAAAAUCAAUGUUAUUCCACAUUUUAUUUUUUCUAAUAAAUUAACCUAAGUUCCUGUUUA